GCCAGGUGAGAGUCGUUUCCCUUGCCAACAUCUGGAUUUCUGCACCUUCCACCCGCCCCGCGCUCCCGACAUCGCCGGAUGGAGGGAAAGGCACAGACUUGGUGUUUCUCCUCCGCUCAGGAGAAACUCCAGGCUCACGCGCAGAUCCUCAAGGACAGGAGAGAAAAGAUGCUGGGGCUGAAAGCGGCAGAGGAAGAAAAAAGCUUGGACUUGCUCGAGCGGGUGGACGCGGAGCGGCAGAGGGUCCGGGCCCAGGUCAAGGAGUUGCACCAGCUCCUGGAGGGGCAGGAGAGGCUCCUCCUGGACCGGCUGGCAAAGCUGGACCGGGAGAUCGUGCGGAGGCAGGAGGAGAACAUCAGCAGACUCUCAGAGCAGAUCUCCUCUGUGGGCCAGCAGAUCCAGGAGCUGGAGGACAAGUGCCAGCAGCCGCCCUGGGAACUCCUUCAGGACAGCAGAGACAUCCUCAGCAGGCUGGAGAAGCAGGGUGCCCCGGAGCCAGUGGAGACUUCACCAGAGCUGGCAGAGGAACCCACAGGGUUGCUCCAGAAAAAUGUCACCCUCAAAGAGAUGCUGAAGAAGUUCCAAGUCAGCCUGACGCUGGAUCCGGACACAGCCCAUCCCCGGCUGGCCCUGUCCGAGGAUGGGAAGUGUGUCUGGUGGGAAGACACCCGGAGAGCCGUCCCCGACCACCCCAAACGCUUCGACUCCUCGCGCUGCGUCCUGGGCCGGGAGGGACUCGGCUCUGGCCAGCACUACUGGGAGGUGCAGGUGGGCAACGGGGCCGCCUGGGCCGUCGGUGUGGCCAAGGAAUCCGUGCGCAGGAAAGGCCGGAUCAGCGUCAAGCCCGAGGUGGGGAUCUGGGCCGUGGGGCAGUGUGGGAGCCAGUGCCAGGCUCUCACAUCCCCCACCGUCCCCAUCUCCCUGCCUGAAGCCCCCAACGUGGUCGGGGUCUAUCUGGACUAUGAGGCCGGGCAAGUGGCAUUCUUUGACUCCCAGAGGGAGAUCCUGAUGUUCACAUACCCUCCGAUGUCCUUUGGUGGGGAGCAGGUCCUGCCCCUGCUCUGCCUGGGCAGGGGGUGCCAGUUCACGCUGUCCCCGUGAUCCACCCCGUGGUGGGUCCCUCACCUGAGCGGGUUUCGGGGCGGAAACUUCCCCUUUCUCCAUCAUUUCUGACAAUGAGAAGCCACAGCUGGUUCAGAGAAAUGUUGAUUUGAGGGCUGGGAGAGACUUUCUGUGCCAGGGCUGUGAUGAGGGGGAGAAUGAGAGGGGAAAAGGAUGGAAAAUAAAGGGAAAUUGGACAAGGAAUGGGAAGAAUUGGUGUGAUCAGAACAAUCUGCUGGCACCUGAGCCAUUUCCUGGGACCUGGACAUCCGGAAGCCUGGAUAUCUUGGGUCCAUCAGCAUCAUCUCCUGGAUCCACCAGAGGCUGGAGACUCCUGGGGUCUGUCAGGGUCAGAUCCUGGGGUCCCAUCGGGGUCAGAUCUUGGGGUCCCAUCGGGGUCAGAUCCUGAGGUCCAUUGGGAUCAUGUCCUGGAGUCUGUGGGGGUCAUGUGCUGGGAUAUAUCUGGGUCAGGAUUGCAUCGUGGGACGCAUCGGGAUCAAGUCCUGGAAGCAUUGGGUCACACCCCAAAAUCCAGGAUCAGAUCCUGGGUGCCAUCGAGCUCAUCCCUUCCCAAUACAGCCACCCAGCCAGCGCUGCCUGUGGCUCCCUGGUGGUCUAGUGGUUAGGAUUCGGCGCUCUCACCGCCGCGGCCCGGGUUCGAUUCCCGGUCAGGGAAUGGCCGUUUUCUUUUUUCUUUCAGUAAAGCAAUUUUUUUUUUUGUAAAUCUCUUCAUGUUUAAACAUCUCCUAGCCCCUCAAACACCCCUUUUCUCCUCUUUUUGUGCCUCUCCCUCCCCGUGGGCCAUCCCCUUCCACCCGCCCCAGCGCCUUCUGUUAUUGAGCAACAGAUAAAUAAAUAAAU